AUGGGCUGAUCCAUUGGCCCCCUUUUUCAUUCGUUCGCAAGCUUUCAUGGAGUUUCGUCAGAUUUUUUGCGUUUCGAGCUAAGAAAAUUCCCUUUGAGGCGUUAAAUCUUGAUACGAUGGUGCAUUACCAAAAAGUUACUCCGAAGGAACGGAUCCCUGUGUGGAACUAGUAACAAACCAAAGAAGAGUUGCGAUGUAUUCCAGCCUAUAAAGUGAACGAAGCUGAAAAUAGCAUUUUUGUGUUUUGACAACAAAGAAGUUUCUGGAAUCGGAGCAGAAUAUCCUAGAAAAUGAGUGUCCCGAUAUUGAUAACCGUGCCCACGAAGUACGUCCCCGUGAAUCUGGCCCCGGCGCCAGUAAAGGUGGAAAUCUUGCCGUCACCUUCAAUGGCUGGGUCCGACGCUGAGGAAUCGACCUCAUCAUUGGAUGAGUACCUGGUGCGCGGCAAGAAGCGCCGCCUGGACCAUCUCACAUGGGAGGAGAAACUACAGCGGAAGAAGUUGAAGAAUCGUGUCGCAGCGCAAACUUCCCGCGACCGCAAAAAAGCUAAAAUGGAAGACAUGGAGGUGACUAUUCAGGAGCAAACGAAUCAGAUCAGUGAACUGCAGCACAAAUGUGAAAACCUGCAGCUGGAAAAGGACGCCAUCUACAGCAAGUAUCUCGAUCUCGAAAGUCGCUUCGAAGAUCUGCAGCGGCAAUUCGACGAGCAUAAAAAGCAACAACAGACAGUGAUCGAACCCCUCACCAUCAAGUCGGAACCGGACCUUACCGCAGCCUUACACAGUGUUGGUUGUGUUUCCACCCUAACUGGAUCAGCAGCAUCCGCCCCCUUCCCUCUGCAGCAGGGAUCUUUAAAAAUGGAAACACAAACGAGUGCGACAGAACCAGCGGAAGCCAGCCGACAACCAGAAGGUAGCCUCACUCUGGAGGAUCAUUGCUCUCUGCCUGCUCUACAGGACAUGCUCGAAGAAUUCGAUGUGUCCAAACUCGAAGAGCUCGCCGAAAGCCUGCUGGCCAACGUCACAAGCGAGCUGGAAGUCACUGAUCGAGGAAGCUGCCAGACAGAUGCCGAAAAUGCAGGCACCGGCAGCGGAGUGCUUGGACCAGUGGUGGGGACCACAUCAGAACAGUUGGAAUCCAGCCAAGAAACUAAUCAAGGAAGUAGCCUAAUUUUGACCACCCACAACUAUUCCAAGUCACCCUUUCACAAGGAGAAAGUCACGAUACAAGACAGUCAGCAGUCUGGUCUGGACCAGCAAACGACGGCGGUCUACGGAACAUACGACAACGUAACUAAUUGCAUCACAAUUAUCCUGAACGAUGACGAAUUACCGCUGGAAGAGGAAAUCAUCUGCGAAGAAGCGGAAGAUGACAUCGUGGAUGAACAGGAAUUCAAACCGAAACUAGAACCGAUGCGGGAUCUUUUAUCACCCAUCCCGAGUACCUGCUCCGACUAUUCUAUGUCGGCUUCGAGCGAGCUGAAGCCGGUGUUACUGGAAGACGAGGUGGCAUUCAAAAGUCCCCUAACGCCGGGUUCAUUUAUCUCGGACGGCGGCUAUGAAUCGCUGGGAUCGCCCAUCAGCUGUCCCGAUUACGGUCUCAACACAUUGGAUGAGUUUUGGAACCUGGAUUUGUUUCCCAUUCUGAACUAGGGUUGAUUCCAACCUCCAUCCUACUAGAACGUGAUGUACAAAGUUGUUAUUAGUUGUUAGGGAUCCUUAGUUUGUUACUCGAUAAGUCCUGUCCUACUGUUAGGUUUAGGUUAGACUGCUGUAAAUAUUCGUUUUGUAUCUAUUUAUCGACUACUUUACGAACAGAGACACAACGAGAAGAUUCUCUCUAGCGAUAGAUUUGAACAUCACUGCGGUGCUGUGAGUUCUAAGUUAAUUUCUGUUUUUUAAAUAGUUUGUAUGCACAAAUUUUGAGUAAAACCUGUAAACUCCCCUUUUAAAGAAAAUUUGAAAACAUUGAUAAUUUUUGAAUUUUUCUAAAACUUAUUAACUCAGUGAAAGGGUUUACUUGAGGUCAAAAUAUAAAGAAAAAAUACCCACACCAUU